AUGCCUCAUCUCCAACCUUUGACGACAGCGUUUGCUGUCGGCCUUCUCGCCCUAACUCCUCUUUGUGCUAGUGCUGCAUGGAACUCGGACAGUGCCACGGCGCCCUUCGAAAUCGACGUCAUCUUCCCUCGAAAUGAGACCUACAAGCCAACCGGGGUCUUUCCCAUCUCGCUAGCCGUGCAGAACUACACGGCUUUGCGGGCGGCUGGCAACUUUUCCCUUUCCUGGCAUAUUAUGCCCUACAGCUACGGGCGGAUCCCGGGCGGCAUCACUUGGGAUGAGGGCGAUUUCGAGACCAACAAUUCACCUGAUGAUAACGACACUGUCGUCUUCGUUGCCAACACCAACGUCACGGAAUGGAUUCACCAAAAGGAUCGAGACGAUCGGUUCAGGUUACAGUGGCACCUCGAAUGGGAUUUCAGGAAUGAUUGUGACUACAAGGGAUCAUAUGUCUUUGGUGGUAUCAUGUUCUCUAUCGAGACAGAGCAGGAAGCUAUAAAAUCACCGGGAGGGAAAGGAAUCGGGAAGAGGCCUAACGUCCUUGAUGUCCCCGAGUGUCCUGUAUUGGGAUCUGUUGUGCUUUUGCGCAACACGACAGACAUUUGCUCACGCGUGCUGGAUAUGGGUAAUAACACGGCUGAGGGCACUCCUUGCGCAUUCACAGUCGAUAAAGCUCUUGCCAGCAGCAUCUCAAGCCAGGCUGCAAGCUCAGCUACGUCGGCUUUUCUAGCAACGGCCUCACCUACUCAAGAGCCAGAGCCCACCGAGACAAACGCUGCCCCAUCCAACAGCCCGGAGUUCUCGACGUUUAUUGUUCUUGGGGCUAUCAUGAUGCUAUAUGGUUUAGCAUGA